CUGCUGUUCCCCAUGAUGUUGAUACCUGGUCUGACUGCUUUAAUGCAGGCAGACUUGUGACAGGAUCCUGGAGUCGUGUGGGUCUCGCGACGCUGACACCACUGUAGUCCUUAUAACGAUGUUCCCCGAUGUAACGCCUCUUUCCCGUUACCCUAUCAACAUCCGUCCGUGUGGAUGCGCACUAAAUGCAUGGACCAUCUACAAUUCAUGUGCGACACCGGCACUGCAGCUCGACGCCUUGUUGGCAAAUGACACCCGACUGUGAUGACCUUAGGAUCUCCUUGUCGGGUGUGGUUGCUGCUCGUGCACCACGGAAGUGUUUGGGUGCUAGCUCUUCAUCCAGCAGUGUUAGCAGUAAUGGAGCAUCACCAUCAGGCAAAAAGUAUGCAGGUGGAAACCCAGUUUGUCCUCGACCAACACCAGACUGGCAAAAGGGAAUCGAUUCAUUUUUCACAAAGAAGCCAGCUGACAAGGAAAAUGAGGAACCUGACGAGGAAGCUGAGGAGGAAGCUGGCCCAUCAGGAUUGUCUUCAGGGUGCUGUGCAUCAGAUGUCAGUAAUUGUCCCAACAGCCCCUGUGGUCCAGGUUUUUCAUCUAGUGUAGGCGGCAGCAGCAGCAACAACAACAAAGAUUAUACAAGCACCCAGGACAGUACAGAUGACGACAGCUGAUUUAAAAAUGGUAUUUUGAUGACAAUUGAGUGACAAACCUACAGGCAGCACAAUGAACAAUAUCAAGUGCCAGAAAUAUUGAAAAUAUAUAAGUUGUGAGCAAGUGUAAAAUGUGUGAAGAUAUAUGGGGGAGGGAGCGUGUCUGGAAGUGUGAAUGUUUUGCUGAAACAAUUGUGGUUGAAAGCAAUACAAGACAUUUAGUACAGAAACAUUUAUUUGUAGAAAUUACACAGUAACUACAAUUACCAUGGAAAAAUGUGUUUAUCAUCGUUAAUCUGUUCAUCCGAAGUGGGGAGCAUAAUAAAAACUGAAAAUCUUG